ACAUUUGCCAACCGAAAUUAUUUUUGAUUAACAAUUUGUUUCACGUCAAGAAUUUAACGAUUUUCAAUGUCUUUUCCAAAUUUGCUGCAAGGCGUCAAUCAAGGCAUCGGGGAUAUAGCUUGGCGACAAAGCCUUAACGGCGUCGUCCAGCAUAUGGAAAAUCUGAAGAGCUGCUGUUUCUUCUUCGAUUUGAAAUUGGGCUGCAAGCUAAUUGCCCUGUUCGAAGCUCUCUCCGGUCUAUGGCAGAUAUAUCAUGGCUACAAGGAACUAUAUGUCCACAAGGAUCGUCUAUUAGCGCCCGAGUGGAUUGAUACGAAAGUAGCUCAGCACAGUGCACAGUUCAAGUUUUUCCUGGCCCUCGUUGGGUUUUUCAGCGCCCAACUACUUUUGGCGGGCGUCAUCUUUGAGCGCAAGAUGUGCGUCUUGCUUUGGAUUUAUGUGACAGCCUUGUGCACACUGAUUUGCAUGUUUUACACACUGGUCAUCGACUGCAUACCCGAGCUUUUGCUAUUCGAUGUAUUUUCAGCAGGUCUUGAGGCAUAUUUCAUUGUGACUGCCCUGGCAUACUAUAUGCAGAUGCGACGAGUCGAACACACAGACGACGAUUUCGAAGUGCUCUUUACGGCUAGCGAGGUAUAGAGAGCACAGUUUACAUAAUAAUUGUAUAGUUUGCAUUUUAAUAAGACAAA